AUGGCACCUGAGAUCAACAUCAAGUCAAGCUACGGAGGAAAGAAGAGAGCUUACGUGACGUUCCUCGCCGGGAACGGAGACUACGUGAAAGGAGUGGUGGGUCUGGCUAAAGGGCUAAGAAAAGCUAAUAGCAAGUACCCAUUAGUGGUUGCUGUGUUACCGGAUGUACCGGAGGAUCACCGGAGACAGCUGUUGGAGCAAGGCUGCAUCGUGGAGGAGAUCCAGCCGGUUUGCCCGCCGGAGAACCAAACUCAGUUCGCCAUGGCUUACUACGUCCUCAACUACUCCAAACUCCGUAUUUGGAAGGAUUUCUUGAACAUGUACUUCAAAGAUAUAUACAAGCCGAUUCCACCAGUAUAUAAUCUUGUCUUGGCCAUGCUCUGGAGGCAUCCAGAGAACAUAGAGCUUAACGAAGCCAAUGUUGUCCAUUACUGUGCGGCUGGUUCUAAGCCUUGGAGGUUCACAGGCCAAGAAGAGAAUAUGGAGAGAGAAGACAUCAAGAUGCUUGUAGGGAAGUGGUGGGACAUUUACAACGACGAGUCUCUUGAUUACAAGAACGUUACGGUGCAUUGCGGACAAGAAGAAGAAGAAGAGGUUCACAGGAAACAGCAAACCACCCUUCCACAGUUAUUUACAGAUUUGUCUGAAGCUGGUGUACUUCAGUACGCCAAAGCUCCAUCCGCAGCCUAG